AUGUGGUCAAGGGCAUUACGGACGGCCGUCGAGACCGUGCCGUCCUCGCCUAUACGCGUGCUCCGCGCGGUCGAACAGGUCCGGAGAUGGAGGAAACCGCACAUGAUCAACUAUCGCAGCGUGGGGCUCGUCCCUACCAUGGGAGCCCUCCACGAGGGCCAUCUUGCUUUGAUCCGGGCCGCAGCCAGGGAAAACCACCAUGUUGUCGUGAGCAUUUAUGUCAACCCGGCCCAGUUCGGCGUCAAGGAGGACCUGUCGUCCUACCCGGUUACGUGGGAGACCGACACUGCUGCGCUGGCCAAGCUUGAUCGCGAGCUGGCCGAUGACGGGGCCAAUCUCGGGCGCAUAUCCGCCAUCUUUGCGCCGACCACGCCCGAGAUGUACCCCUCUGGGUUCCCCGGACAGGCCGUCGACAGCAAGGGGAGCUUCGUUACCAUCACGCCCGUGGCCGAGGUUCUCGAGGGUGCCAGCCGGCCUACCUUCUUCAGGGGCGUCGCCACGGUUUGCAUGAAGCUCUUCAACAUCGUGCAGCCCGAGCGCGUGUAUUUUGGGCAGAAGGAUGUCCAGCAGACGGUUGUCAUCCGGCGCAUGGUCAAGGACCUCAUGGUGCCCACGGAAGUCGUCGUUUGCCCGACCGAGCGCGAGACUGAUGGCCUGGCCAUGGCUUCGCGGAACGUCUACCUCGGCACUCGCCGUCGCGAGGUGGCCGUCGUCCUCAAUACCGCCCUGCGAGCUGCCGAAAAUGCCUACCGCGGAGGACACACUGAUCGCGCCACCAUCCUUGGCGCUGCGCAGGAUGUUUGCGCCAUGAUGCUCAGGGCGCAGAUGGACAUGAAGCCGGGUGAACGGGCUCAAUUCGAAGUCGAUUAUAUUUCUCUCGCCGACCCGGAUUCCUUGCAGGAGGUUGACGCUGUCGAUGUGGCAAAGGGUGCUGUUUUGAGCGGCGCGGUGCGAAUGUUGCCUGUAGAAGAGCCGUAUGAGGGCGAGGAUCUGGGCCAUUCCGGUGGCCCUCCUGUCAGAUUGAUUGACAAUAUUAUUCUACCACCCAAAUCAGCUUGA